UAUCUCUAUAUAUAAUAUCACUCAUGAUCAACCAUGUUUACACAGAGUCAGUCAGUCAGUCACUCCACUCCAGGUAUGUAUGCAAAGAUACGAUUCUCUCACUCGCUACUCACCUUCGUGCAUUCUCCCAAUUUUCAAAUAUUUAGGGCUUCAAUUGCAGUUCGAUAAUCAAUGUUUAAUCAUACAUAGAAACGGCCAAACCGGUCACUAAUCCUUUGUGUACUUCAAUUUAAAUCGGUGUUAAGAUCUUCACCAAUGAGUUCUCGGAUCACAUCUCAUCAAUUAAACAAUGGUUUGUACGUAUCCGGACGUCCAGAGCCACCAAAAGAAAAACCUCCGACAAUGUCAUCAACCGCAGUGCCAUACACAGGUGGCGAUAUAAAAAAGUCCGGAGAAUUAGGAAAAAUGUUCGAAGGGCCAAGAAAAUCCGGACAACUAACCAGCGGUCCGUUAAGAACCGGAUCCAUGGGUAGCGGCAACAUGGCUCACGCAAGCCAAAUAUCAUCGCAUUCCAUGAACCGUGUGGGUUCGUUGUCAGGCGGUGUUCCCGGAUCUGCUUCAUUGAAAAAGACCAAUUCCGGCCCGUUAAACAAACACGGCGAACCGAUACGAAAGUCAUCCGGGCCUCAAACCGGAGGGUUGACUUCCGCUUCGCGCCAUAAUUCCGGACCGCUCCCUCCGGUUCUCCCCACCACCGGGCUUAUUACGUCCGGACCGAUCUUGUCUGGACCGCUUAACUCAACGGGUGGGCCCAGAAAGACAUCGGGUCCGUUGGACUCUUCGGCUUCAAUCAAAUCACGAACCACAUCAAUGGUUAGAAACAAUGCGGUUACUCAUUUGAGUCCGGAUGGUACACAGUCGUUCUUCAGGAGCUUCCCGAAGCUAGUUUUUUGGUCGAUGGUUUUGCUGUUUAUGAUGGGGUUUAUUGCUGCGGUUUUUAUACUUGCGGCCGUUGGUAAUCCGAUUCUUCUCAUUGUUGUCGUUGUUCUUUUUGCUAUUGUGAUCGUGGCUUUUGCAUGGAAUGUAUAUUGGGAUGAAAAAGCGGUUAAUAAGUUUAUCUCUGAGUAUCCGGAUGCCGAGCUUAGAACCGCAAAAGAUGGCCAGUUCGUCAAAGUUUCCGGGGUUGUUACCUGUGGAAAUGUACCAUUGGAGUCAUCAUUCCAAAGGGUUCCCAGAUGUGUUUAUACAUCCACAAGUUUAUACGAAUACCGAGGCUGGGAUUCAAAACCCGCCAACCCCACACAUCGCCGUUUCACCUGGGGUCUCCGCUCCGCAGAGAGGCAUGCUGUGGAUUUCUAUAUAUCUGAUUUCCAAUCCGGGUUGCGGGCGUUAGUUAAAACUGGUUAUGGUGCGCGGGUGACUCCAUAUGUUGAGGAAUCUGUUGUUAUUGACAUUAAUCAGUCCAGUAAAGAUAUGUCUCCUCAAUUUAAAAGAUGGUUGGCUGAGAGAAACUUAUUUAGUGAUGAUCGUGUGAUGCAACUCAAAGAAGGCUACAUUAAAGAGGGCAGCAGCGUGAGUGUGAUGGGAGUUGUGGAAAGAAACGACAAUGUUUUGAAGAUUGUUCCUCCACCAGAGCCGGUUCCAACCGGAUGCCGUUGGACUAGUUGUACGCUUCCCACAAGCGUAGAUGGCAUUGUUUUGAGAUGCGAAGACUCUUCAAAUCCUGACGUUAUACCCGUUUAGCCUUUUGCUACUUGGUAAGUCAAAGUUUGACCAAAAUAUGAUAUAGGUGUAUAGUUUGUUUCAUUGCAUCCCGUGAUUUUUAUGUGGGAGUGUUAAGUGUUUUGCUAAUGGUGUUGUGUGAUGAUGAAUCAUUUGGGGCAACUUGAUAUUUGAAAAGGCUUACAGAUUUCUCUGGUUUUUUUCAUC